CCGCUAUACAUUAAUUUUUUAUAUUCUUCAUUCUUUCGAUAUAAAAAAGAAGCAGUGCUAGGGUUUUCGCUCUCCCUCAAGAAUUUUUUGCAGCGGCUUUCUGCUUUGCUCUCCAGGAUGGAAUCACAAAUCAAGCAUGCUGUGGUUAUCAAGGUCAUUGGCAGGACUGGAUCUCGUGGGCAGGUCACUCAGGUCAGGGUGAAAUUCAUUGAUGAUCAAAACCGUUUCAUCAUGAGAAAUGUCAAGGGACCCGUUAGGGAGGGUGACAUCCUCACCUUGUUGGAGUCUGAGAGAGAGGCGAGAAGGCUCCGUUGAUAUCUCUGCGCUGUUUCUUGCUAUGCCAAUACCUUUUUGAAAUUUUAUUAUCAUGUAGGUUGUCUCUGGAUUUUGGUAAACAUUUUAGAUGCAAAAUAUCACCUCAAAUGCGAGCACGCUUAUUGCUGCUUCUGUUUCUGAAUCCGCCUUGUUUUGAUGUUUGCCACAAUUGUGUGUUUAAUAUAUUUAUGCGCUUGCUGUUUAA